GGUAAAAUGGCACGCAUGCUCGAUCUGCACAACGGGAGUCAGAUCUGGGGUUUGUCGUUGUUAAACGUUCCUGAUCCCAGACUUCGGACUGCAUCGCUCGUCUUGAUGGUGUCACCACACGCAUGGGUGUGCUUAGUCAUGCUGGUAUGAGAAAGGCAGGAGGAGGAUUUUUGGGACGUUAUCUGAUUGGUUGCCAUAAAAAGAAAAGAUCGCUAUAACUUAACUGAUAUUCACUCUUUGUCACGGCCCCGUUAUAUUACGGUACUAUGGCAACUCAAACCAAGCCCGUCCUGUAUGGAUAUUUCAGGAGUUCCUGUUCAUGGAGAGUUCGAAUCGCUCUUCUGCUGAAAGGUAUUGCAUACGACCAAGUCCCAGUGAAUCUUAUUAAGGAUGGAGGUCAGCAGCUAACAGAACAAUACAAGACCUUAAAUCCCAUGCAGCAGGUGCCUGCAAUGUGCAUCGAUGGCAUCACUCUGUCCCAGUCGCUUGCAAUUAUCCAGUACCUUGAUGAGACCAGACCUGGACCACGCCUGCUCCCAGCUGAGCCCAAGCAGCGCGCCCAGGUGCGCAUGAUCUGUGACCACAUUGUCUCAGGGAUCCAGCCCCUUCAGAACCUGUAUGUACUACAGAAGAUUGGGACUGAUAAAGUGGAAUGGGCACAGCAUUUCAUCAUCAGAGGUUUCCAAGCACUGGAAAACCUCCUGCAGCAAACAUCGGGAAAGUACUGCGUCGGCAAUGAGAUCUCAAUGGCAGAUGUUUGCUUGGUACCCCAAGUUUAUAAUGCAGAGAGAUUUAAGGUGGACCUCACUCCAUUCCCAACUAUCAAGAGGCUGAACCAGACCUUGCUGGAGAUGGAAGCAUUUCAGACGAGUCACCCCUCAUGCCAGCCUGACACCCCAGCAGACCUGCGUGUGUAGGACUGCUCUGCAGCUGCUCUACCAAAGUGGAGCUGGAAAGGCCUGUCCAGUGCUCUUCAAUCUGGAAGCACGCAGUGGAACUGCAAAAUGACCAGGUGUGAAAAAUAACUGAUUUAUGAUGGAACACUGUACAAGUGAAGUCCCAACGUUAAAAAUAAAUGGUGAAAAAUUUUCUUCCCA